CACCGCUAAUCUCUUUCGCCAAAUAGAAGCAGCAAAGCAGCCUGAUUUCCCUGCUCCAAUUCCGUUGGCAUCUCACGAUUCUCACCAAUCAUCGCCACAUCUUCUCCGCUAAACAGAAGCAAAAAUCAACCUGAUCUAUCUACACCUUCGUCGGCAGCUCAUUACCUCUCCUCCAUCAUCAGCAUCUUGAUAAAGCUUACACCUCUGCCACUCAUCUUCCUCUCCUUCAUUGGACCAAACAGAAGCAACAAAGCAUAACAGAUUCCCCUAAUUUUGUUGACACCUCUGCUACUCAUCUUCCUUUCCCUCACUAGACCAAACACAAGCAGAAAAGAAAACAAAUCAUCCCCUUCAUUACCGAACAGAAGCAGUCCGUGACUCCUCUCCUCUUGGAUAUUUGAUUUGAGUCGAUGAGUCAGCAGUGGUGAUGACAUGGAGGCGGACAAGAUGAUACCCAAGAAAAUGAAGGGGGUUCUUUUGGCCGCACCAGUCUCACGUGCGAAAGGCUACAUGCUACGGGCCAUCCCACUCUGCUAGGCAAUGAUGUCUUGUAGUGAAAUCUCCAGCGAAGCUUUUGAAAAUAUAAAUCUUCUAGCCAAGCAGGUGGAGUUGGGUAGCAAUGGUUGAAUUCCACAAAUUCAAGAUGAUUACACAACUAUCAAAAACAUGAUGGGUGGAAGUUGUAUGUUGUUACGGAGGGGGGGGCAGCAAAGAUGGGAAAUAAAUGUGAUUCAAAGAUUACAACUUGAGGAUCACAUUCAUACAUAAAUCAUUGUAACAUGAUAGUAAUGGUAAUAAAUGUGACCUCUUUCAUCUCUAAUGUAUAUCUUUACUCUAUAACGAACAAUUCUCAUAUUGAAAAUGAAAAGUGCAGCAACUUCACUCUUGAGAUUCUUUCAAAGACAAAAGGAUAAACUUGAGAGUGGUGAUAGGAGAAGGAAAGAUGACUGCUUGGGAGCUUACGAACAGAAUCUAGAAAUGUUUUGCGGUGUUAGUGAUAUUCUACAGUGCUGUAAAAUGUUUUGUAGUACUGGGAAAUGUUCGGGUAGUAGGUUGAGGAUGGGGUAUUUCUUUUGGAGCAAGGAAGGGAGUUCGGUGUGUGAGGAAGAAGGGCUAAAGUUUGGGAGGUGCUUGAGUGCAAUCGGCAAAAACAACAUCUACACAGGAUUUGGUAAGUUCCCCAAGCUCUACGUAGGAUUUUGGAAGAUUCUACAAGCAAAUAGUAAUCUUUUACAGCAGUUUCCAAGGCCAUGGAACUUGUGUAGCCACCCUUACAUUAAACAUGGUUGCAAGUUACUGUGGGUGACCAAGACAGCACCUCUAGUUAGUUUCUACUGGGAUUUCCAAUUUUUGGUUAGCAUCAAAUGGCACUGUUCUGGGAAUCAAGUUCAUUUCCAUGUCUUUGUCAACCAGCCUCUUUCUGGCGAAGUCGGGCAACAUUGCCAACGCCCAGCAUCGCCAGCCCCAAGUUUCGUUGGUGCGGAUGCCUUGCUUUGCCAGGCGGGCAAUGUUCAUCCAUCCAUAGCUGCCAAGCCACUACUCCCAUAGUUUAUCCUGAAUAAUCUCCAUGAGCUUGGAUUCAUGGGCUUGUGUUUAUCUACAGUAACAGCAAGGCACGAGUGAGUAUAUAUUUAAGAAUAAGAAAUAUGUAGGCAUAUG